UACUGUGUGGCUUUGGGUUCGACCUAUGGGACAUGCCUUUAAAAUACAACAGCGGCCUCAUGGCAGCCUAUCAGUGAACGAGCUUUGCAGGGCAGAUGCUUACUAACAGCUACCCAGCAGCAGCGGAACAAAGAUGAGUACGUAUGCUUCGGUGUCGGAUGGUCUUCUCUUUCCACGGAGUAGGCUCCAUUACGCCGCUGGAGUUUUACCAACUGUCGUCGAGCGCGGCGGCACUAUUCCGCUAUUGUCACAGUCAAUGCUUCAUCCCGACUUGUACGGUGCUACAGCUCCACUAAUUUCUUUUCAGCUGUCAGGGAGUAAGCAACUUGUUUACCUAUCACGAAACUCCAGCCGCAUCCGAUCAUCUCCACACAUGCUGUCGUCCAAGCCAAUAUCGACCAGGCCUUGCAGGCAGGUUCUCACCAGAAAAGGCCAAUAUAUCCUCUUUCAGCUCACGACAUCCAAUAUUAUCUAUGAGAGCCACACACCUUGGCGACAACCAGCUCGGCGCCUGAUCCAGGUUGCAGAUGAAGGUUUGGCAGCAAUGCUGCUGCGUUGUAGCAUUGAUGAUGGGAAUGGGAGAUUCAACAGCAUGUGUAAAAUCAUGCCAUUCUCUAGUAUUCCCUGCGGAAUAGCAGUGGGAGAAGCAGAAGUUCAAAGACAACCCUCUAUGGUUAUCGACCUCGUCGACCUCACUUCCGCACAACCAGGUCUCGCAACCAGGUCUCGUGAUCAGGAAUUAGCCAUAUUUUCUGGGAAGGUGUGAAGACCUAAGUGGAUCCAGCCUGCGUCAAUACUCGCUGAAAGCUGCUGGUGCAGCAACAGCACGAGCCGGCAAGGCAAACUCGGUAUUCACAAAUCGUGAGCAACAGGGGACCUAGCAAGCCCCUUCAGCCAUUACUCCGGGCUUGCAUUUUGACGCAUGGUGAGUGGCCUUGGCAAGCUAGCGGCUGAGUCUCAGGGUACGUCUACCGGCAGUCUCUAGGAAGUCCUAGGGAUGUCCCCAAUAUCAAAAUCGCUUCCGCCGCUCUGUCCAAGUUUCAAAGUUUGUCUCUCUCGUCCCGAAUUCCCACCAAGCACCUAUC